UUUCAAAAUGGCGGCAAAUGUGUUGUGAGUUGGCACUAUUGUUUUCUUUUAUAUUUUGCUUUGUUUUGUCCGAACGAAAUGGACUUUUCCAAGUUCUCUGAUGAGAACUUUGAUGUUAAAGAGUGGGUGAAUUCGGCGCUCAGAAUCCGCGAUGAUCGAACGCCUAUUGACGCACAUGCGUCAAACUUGGUCAUGAAAUUACAGUUAUUUAUCCAGGAAGUUAACAAUGCCUUGGAGGAAACCAGCAAUCAAUCAGUGAACAACAUUCCAAGAGUUCUGAGAGAGAUAGAGAACAUACGCCAUGAUGCAUCGCUGCUGAAAGAACAAAUGAAUCUUGUGAAGGAGGACAUCCGAGUGGUUGAAGAAAACACAGCCCAGUCAAUGAAGAUGUUGAUGGAGAUUGACACAGUGAAAACAAGAAUGCAGGAUGCAUCAAGGGCUUUGAAGGAAGCAGAUAACUGGACAGUGCUGUCAUCUGAUGUGGAUAAAGUUUUUGAAUCAGGGGAUGUUAAGGCUAUAGCAGCAAAGCUUGAAGGAAUGCACAAGAGUUUGACUGUCUUACAAGAUGUCCCUGAUUAUGCUCAGAGGCGUCGACUCCUUGAAGGACUGAAGAACCGGCUGGAGGCACUUCUAAGUCCUAAGAUCGUGUCUGCUUUUAAUAAUCAUUCUCUUGAUGACACCAAAGAAUAUGUUAAAAUAUUUUCAAACAUUGAAAGGCUGGAUCAGCUUCAGAAUUAUUACAUCAGAUGCCACAAGACGAAACUCCAAAAGACUUGGAAUGAAGUUCGUGUUGAGGAUCCAAAUAAAUCAAUGCUGGAGUGGCUAUCAACAUUCUAUGAUGUUAUCCUUUCCACCUGGCACACAGAGGUGACAUGGUGUGGGCAAGUCUUUAAUGAGCCUGGAACUGUGCUGUGCACACUCAUUAGCCAAACACUUGCUCACUUAGACCCAUCUCUGUCAUCAUGUAUCACAGAGUUUAUAAAGAAUGAGUCCAAUAUCAUAGGAAAACUGAUUGCGCUGAGACAGGUAACUUUACGCUUUGCUCAUGGUUUGGAAAAAGCAGUCUUGCAGCAACAAGACAAAUGUAGUGUGCAUGCUGUGAAUACGCUGGUUGAUGCAGUCUACUCACCUUACAUUCCAUACUUGUUGGAUUACCCCACACUACAACAGACAUACCUCGUGGAGCAGUUACAAGCAACACGGCUGCACACAGAUGGCUUCAUGGAGACUGCCGGCUUCAUGGCUGAAUCUGUAGAGAAAAUAUUUCACCUUGCUGAACAGGCAGUUGAUUAUUGUGUGGAGCUCACUGAUGGUUAUGCUGUACAUGGUCUCUGUCAUGUCUUGGAGGAGUUCUUUGGUGCAUAUGCAGGACGUAUGGAUGAGUGCAUUUCAAGUUUAAGAAAAGAAUGUUCCCUUGAUUUGGAUGUUAAAGUAGACAUCCAACCAAGUGAAGAAUUCAGGGAAGACUGGACGAUGUUUCAGAACGCAUUCCAUCUAAUUCAAAUUUGUGGUGAUUUACUGAUAAAGAUGGAAAACCUGGAUAAAAGAUUACUUGCUGCAAUUCUAAGUUGUACAGAGGACACUGACAGCCCUGAUACUGAUGCGAUCAAAGAAAAGACUUCUACUCCCUUGAGACCAUUUCAUUGGUACAAUUAUCUGCAGAAAGAAAGACCUGCUGAGUUUAGUGCAUUGAAUGAAUUAGUCCAGAAGCUUCAAACAGCUGGUGAAUCUGCUGUAGUCCUCUCCAGUGUUUCUGAGCAGCUUCAGGCCCUUAACGAGCGAGUACACACUUUUGCUUUUGACAUUGUGUUCAUCCAAAUAAGGCAACAGCUAGCUCAGACUCCUAAACUGCAGGUUUGGUCUGCUAAGUCACCUGAGUCAGGAGCGGCAUUAAGUGAUGAACUGCCCACCUUCAGUUUGUCUCCUUUAGGCUACAUUACCCACAUUGGUGAUUACCUUCUGACUCUCCCUCAACAACUCGAGCCGUUCAUAACGCAAGAGAAUCCUGCACUAGAGGCUGCCAUGAAAGCAGGGAACCUGCCCUUCCCGGAUCUGCAAGAUGAAGAUGAGCACCACCCUGGGACUUACUGGAUUGGGUCUAUCGCCCGUGGAACCAUGCACGCUUACACAGAGAGUAUCCUACGGAUCCAUGAGCUGACUCCCUACUCCACUCAACAGCUAUUGGCUGAUAUAGAUUACUUCUGCAACGUAUUGGAAGCACUUGAAGUGACACCAAGUCAGACGUUGACGCACAUCAAUGAGCUACUCAAAGCAUCGGCUGAUAAAUUCCAUGACGUUGCCACUGAUCUUGGUGUGGAGGAUCGAAUCACCAUGACAAUCGUCGGAAUAAGAAGCAUUCACUAAGUUUUAUCGUCAAUCAAAUAGCGGUUUUAAUAAACAAUGAUAGGUUCCUAAAUUCUCUUAACCUGAAAAAAGAAUUCCUAAUAGCAGUUAUGAGAAUUUUAAGGCCGAUCUUGGGAGUGAAUUGGAUUCACUUGCAGAUUCAAUUGUACAGUUGAAUAUGACAUUCUGUUUGAAUGAUAAACGGCUGUCGUAAACCAUAGUGCAUGGCAAGAAUGGCUUGAUAUAUCUUGCUAAAGUUGUCCAAACUUACUUUCUUUUAUUUGUAGAUUAAUUUAUAAAUUGAAAAAGUGGAAGAAGAAAUAGCGAAAUUGUCUUUUUAUAUCAUAUUAUCCCUACAGUUGAAAAUAUUUUGUAGUCUAUGGAUCAACUUAUAACUGACCGGGAUGGAAAAUGUGGAAGAAAUAGGCGUAUUUAUUUGUGAAAUCCGAGAAAAGUUGUUGAACUGCAGUCCAAUAAAUUCAAUAGACGACAGAAAGUUA